CGCUAUAGAUGUAAUUGGAAUUCGUGGGAGUACUACGGAAUCCCUUGCACAAAUCAUCCCAGGACUCGAUGAGAUAGGACCUUCUAUACUGCAAAGAUUACACGUUGAGGAUGAAGAAUUGUUAUUACCGGAGGAUUUGGAUUAUGAUAAAGUUCAUAACCUAUCAUUUGAGACUAGAUCAAAACUAAAAUUCAUUAAACCUACCUCAUUGGGAGAAGCAAAACGUAUCGAAGGAAUGACACCGGCUAGCAUAGUGACAUUAUUAAGAUAUGUACACAAGAAGAAAGAUUCUCGUCAAAACCAGCAUUCACAUCGUUUGAUUGAUAAAAUAAAUUCAGCCUAUAGACAUCGUCUCCUUCACAAGAGGGAGCGUAUAAACCUUAUGAAAAAGACUAGACUACUUGGAGAUCAAAAGUCGCCCUAUCCGAAGACAUGGGGAUCACAAGUCAGCCUAUAG